UUGGCAGUUUUUGUCGUGGCUCAAACAUUUGACGCUGGGGUGACACGUUGUUAGGUAAGUCUUGUGGAAGAUGACUCGCGAGGAGGUUGCUGCCCCUUUGUUGUUGGCAACGCGCCCUUUUCAGCCAGCAUGGCUUGUGGCCAUGCCCCAGACCCGUGCCAUUUUGGCAGUCGAGGCUCAGAAAACCGCGAUGGUCUACAAACAUCACCAGGCGGUGAAAGGCAAAGCGGCCAAGGCCAAGGUCAGCGCCGACAUCAUCAACAAGGUUGGUGAUUUGUCCCGCCUCUUGGCCUUUCAGCCGCAGUACAAGGCGCAGUUCCGCGCGCGCCCAGACGUGUCGCAGGGUGAGCUGGUGCGCGUGACGGACUGGAAGCUACUGACGCCUGAGAAGUACGACCGCACCUGUUUCCACAUCGAGGUGGAUGUGGCGGGCACCGGCCUGGAGCACUUGGUGAACGGGAGCAUGGGCAAGGCCUUGUCGGUCUACGCCACCAACGAGUCCGAGAAGGUGAUGAAGUUCAUCAAUGCCAUGAAGUUGGAUCCCGAUGAGAUCGUCUCCGUGGAGGAUAUCGCGCCCCCCUCGGAGGAUGGCACGGUGGUGCUCACGACGGUCUUCAAGCUUUUCACCCAGUACUUGGACCUCUUUGGCAAGCCCAGCCGGGAGUUCUUGAAGAAGCUCUUCCCCUUCGCCGAGGACGUCAUGGAGAAGGUGGCCAUUGCCGAGCUGACCCUGGACCGCAAGUCCGAGGAGUUCUUGGAUCGUCAAGCUCGCGCCUACACCUACGCGGACUACAUUUGCGAGUACAAGUCGUUGAAGAUCCCGGUGGCCAAGUACACCGAGAUCCUCCCAACCAUCAAGCAACGCGUGUACUCGAUUUGCUCCUCCAGCGACUACCACCCAGGGAAGUGCCAACUUCUGGUGGUGCGAGAAGACUGGCAAGCCAAGGGUGGUGACACCAAGUUCGGCCUUUGCUCCAGCUUUCUGACCUUCUUGAGGCCGGGCACCGUGUGCGUCGCCCAUGCCACGCACUCCGUGAUGCAGAUCCCUGAGGACAAGACCGCGCCAAUCUUCAUGGCUGGUCUGGGAACUGGCCUUGCCCCAUUCAGAGCCUUUAUUGAGCAGCGGAAGCACGAGAAGACUCAGGGCCACCGGGUGGGCCCCAUGACCCUCUUCUUCGGUGGUCGCCACGCGCACGCGGAGUACUACUACCGGGAUGAGUUUGAGAAGUUCGAGGCCGAAGGCCUAGUGAAGUGCUGCAACGCCUGGUCCCGAGACCAGAAGCAGAAGGUCUAUGUCCAGCACAAGAUCAUGGAACAAGCAGAUGACAUCUGGGCCAACCUUGGCCGAGAAGGCUCUAGGGGCUUCUUCUUCCUGUGCGGCUCCAAGCAGCCUGAGAAGGACGUCUUCGCCGCGCUGAUUCAGAUCUUCGAGACCAAGGGCGGUCUGACGAACCAUGAAGCGCACAAGAAGAUGGAAAGCCUGCAGCUGUCCGGCCGAUAUGUCACGGAGGUCUACUAAAGGAGCCAGCUGUGCCCGGUGCCGCUGGGCGCGGGCGAAUUGUGCCAGCUCGUGGACUUUUAAGGACGGGGUUGAACCAUACCAGCACCCUCACUGACGGGGUCUCCAAAAAGAUACCCUAGGUACACUUCUUGUGGAUCUCCAUUGAGCACCCCGUGUCCACUUGGGUUGGUUGCACGCUCUCACCAUCACGACCGUGGGUUCCACCCCCCACUGAUUUGGAUGGUGACGUUUUCUCCGUUUUUCAUUUUUGAGUCUCACCUGAUCGAUGGACCACAGAAACUAGACGACGAGUGGCCCGAAAGCAUUUUUCAUCACGUAGGAAAUCAGAGUGCGAGUUAUCCGGUAAGUGUGUAGUGAGAAGUGUUAAGUCGAGUGAGUUGAGGUAGUGUGUGGGUUUCUGUGCGUGUGUCUAUGUCCGUG